AUGCAGGAUCAUGAGAGGGCCAUUUUUGCUGCCGAAGAUGAGGACCAGGCAGCUGAUCUGGCCUCCCUGGCCUACCCUCAGAAGAUCGUCCAGUUCGCGAACCACUUAUCCAAAAGCUCUAGCCUAUCCAGGAACCUAGGUCCUGCGCGCCCUUCUCAUGCUACUGAGCAAGAUCCAGAUCUAGGGCCUCCGCUAGCUCCGCCUGAAGUAACUGUCACUAGGGCGACACCAUCUCCUUAA